GCCACAAUUAGUUGUGUCAAAUGUCAGGAAACAUAACCUCAAAAGCGUAACUGUUUAGAAGUCAAUAUUUACACAGAAUAAAUAAAAUGAGUGACACAGUCAAGGUAUGCUUUACAUGCCGCAAAAACGACAGCAAAAAGUUUUACAAUAUCCAAAAUUAUGACACAGAUAAAAUCUCCUAUUUAGAUAAAUUGAAAACUUGCAUAACACCAGAUUUAAUAGAAAAUGAUGAUAUGGAGAUGUGUGGGCUAUGUGUGAAACAUUUACGGAUUUGUUACAAGUUUCGAUUAACUGUAUUGACCUCCCAGGAAUACUUACGGAAUAAUGAUGGUAGUGAGGAACUAAUUAAAAAAGAAGACGUGUGUGACGAUUUUAAAUUUGCUCUAAGUGAUAGUGAUCUACAAUACGUGAAAUCAGAGAGUGAUUGUGACGAUGAUUUUGUUAAUAGUGAUAAUUACUCUAGUGAUGACUCUUCUAGUAAAGACAUUGUAAGCUCUUUACCCAAAAGACACAAAAAACGGAAACACCACACGAAAGUCUCAGGCGACGAAAUUUUUACUUGUGAGUACUGUGUAGCUCAGUUUGGUAAAAAUUGGCAAUUACGUAAACACCUAACUCGUGUCCAUAAUGAAGUUCGAAAAUUCGUGUGUUCCUAUUGUAGUAAGGAGUUUAAGCAAGCUUACCACUUAAAAGAACACAUUACUUCUCACACUGGUGAAAAGAAUUACACAUGUCCAAUUUGUGAAAAGAAAUUUCAGAGACAGUCAUCCCAAAGAAGACACAUCAAAUCUCAUGACGCCCCUCCUGGACAUAAAACUAAAAGAACCCCGUUUUUGUGCACCAUUUGUGGUAAAAGUUUCCCAUUUUCUAAUGGGGUUCAAAGACAUAUGCGCAUCCAUUUUGGUAUUAAAAACUUUGAGUGCAAACUGUGCAAUAGGAGGUUUACGCAGUCGACACAUUUACAAGUGCAUAUGAGGACACAUACUGGAGAAAAACCAUACAUUUGUGAAACCUGUGGAGAAAAAUUUUCUUUAAAAUCGUGCAUGCUUAAACACAUUAAUAAUAGGCAUUAUAAGUCAAAAAAUUUAGUGGAUGAUCUUCCCAUUUUUUAUUUCCCAAAAGAAUUUGAACAGAGCUGAGUGUAGAUAGAUGUUAACAAAAAGUAAAUUAUGUAUGGAAAUUAGAUAUACAUAUUUUGACUUGGUUUUGAAAAUUGUAUUCACUGCAUCGUAUUUUUUUAGCUAGAUGUGAAGGGAGUAAAUUAUGUUUGGGAUUAUGUAAGAAGGGGGAAAUAUAUUUUUUUAACCUAGCUAAAGAGUGAAUAGACAGAUUUUUAAGCUUUGUGUAAUUUGUUGCAGGUUAUUACUAAUUCCAAGUGCCAAACUUAUUGGUCCUCGAAAUCAAAUCAAAUGUUGGUAGCAUUAGUGGCAUGGUUGAGUUCCCUAAUGCGGUUUGACACACCAACACAGUUUUCCUAACCAUGAAAAAGAAAUAAAUUUUCCAAAAUUACAAACAAAAAUGAAAGAUUUGUCCGAAUCGUCAACAUUUUUGUCAAUUUAAUUUGUCCACUAAAAGUUUUCAUAACAUGCUAACUGAAAAUAUGGCCUAUCAUGAAUAAACGAAUAAAUUUGGCAUUUGGUUAAAAAUGGUUAAAAUCAUGGUGUAAGAAAACAUGGUAUGAUAUUGCGCAAAGCAUACGAAAAUUCAUCCAUCGGAGCCAUGUCUUCGUGUAUCAUGGUUAAAAUGUUGUGUUAAUAAUGCAUAUAAA